AUGAGAAACCGUCGAUAUGAAGCCUCCCCGCAAUUGCGCCGCCCCCUGCUUCGGUUGGGCAUGGACACUUGGAUGUCGGAUCUCAGCGCCGUGUCAGCGUCCGACUGGCAUUCUUCAUCCAAGUUGUCUAAGGCUUUAGAUCCGGCAUUGCCAAACUCAAUCGGUGCGGGAGUCGAAACACGCGUCAUCACGCCCGACGGCAGUCAGGGCAAUGGAGAUAUUCGUCAGUCCACGCGAUGGGAUGAUCGUCAGCUGAAUGCCCAGGACUGGGCUUCCGUAGCGUAUUAG